CAUUAUACAGUUCCUCUUGCAAUUUGCAACGUUUAGUCUCCGCAAUCAUCAAACUCCCUGCUAGGCCUCACCAAUUUAAAUUUGCUACCCUAUACCAGUAUACCAACAAUCAUGGCCCCCUCAACAAUGAUCCAUAACCAUCUUCCAACAGCUCUCAACACCGACGUUAACCGGAUUUCUGCUAUCCGUGCUCAUCAGGAAGUUGUUUUUCAUCACCCCAAAGUUAAUACGGCAUCGAGUGGGGGUGCUCGACGUCUGGCUGAAUCAAUAUCAAACCUUCUCCAUCUCCAUAUAGAAACCCCUUCAAGGAAAAACCUUCAACACUCUAAUUGGGAUUUGUUUUAUGAAGAGAAACAUAAUACCCCGACAACUUCUCCCAAGGAGGUGAUUGCUGAUAAAUGGAGGGACAUUCAUGGUUCUGUGGAUUGGGAAAAUGUUUUAGACCCACUUCACCCUUGGCUACGGCGAGAAAUUGUCAAGUAUGGAGAGUUUGCUCAAGCAACUUAUGAUGCCUUUGAUUUUGACUCCUUUUCGGAGUUCUGCGGCAGCUGCAGAUACAAUCGUAACAAGCUUUUUGAUAAAUUAGGCCUUGGUAAAAAUGGUUACAAGGUGAUCAAGUACAUCUAUGCCAUGUCACACAUCGAGAUGCCACAGUGGCUGGAAAGGUCACACCUGAUGGACACGUGGAGCAAAGAUUCCAACUGGAUGGGUUAUGUGGCUGUUAGCGACAAUGAGGAGUCACGUAGGAUCGGACGAAGAGAUAUUGUCGUUGCCUGGCGGGGGACGGUGGCACCAUCCGAAUGGUACGAGGAUUUUCAAAGGAACUUGGAACCAAUAGGGAUUGGAGAUGCUAAAGUUGAACAUGGAUUUCUUAGCAUUUACACUUCCAUGAGUGAAUCCACGAGAUACAACAAGUCAAGUGCUUCGAAGCAAGUCAUGGAAGAAGUGACAAAGCUUGUGCAAUUCUACCAAGGAAAUGGCGAAGAAGUGAGUUUAACAAUAACCGGGCAUAGCUUGGGUGGUGCAUUGGCUCUGCUCAAUGCCUAUGAAGCUGCAGCCAGUCUUCCAGACCUUCCUGUGAGCGUGAUUUCCUUUGGUGCACCUAGAGUUGGCAACAGUGCCUUCAGGGAUGAGCUUGACGGAUUAGGAGUCAAAACAUUAAGAGUGGUGGUUAAGCAAGAUUUAGUCCCUAGAAUGCCAGGGAUUGUUUUCAAUGAGAGUUUACAAAGGUUUGACGAUAUAACGGGAACAUUGGAAUGGGUUUACACCCAUGUAGGAGCUGAAUUGAGGCUGGAUGUUAGUUCAUCACCUUACCUCAAGCGUGGAUUCAAUCCAUUGGGAUUUCACAGCCUUGAGACAUACCUUCACCUUGUCGAUGGGUUCCACAGUGCAGACUCUACAUUCCGAUCUGAAGCUCGUAGGGAUGUUAGCUUGGUUAAUAAGGCGUGUGAUUUGUUGGUGGAUGAACUAAGGAUCCCUCAUUUCUGGUACCAAUUGUCCAACAAAGGAUUGGUUUGUAAUGAACAUGGCAGAUGGGUUAAACCAAGAAGAGACCCUGAAGACAUUCCCUCACCAACAGGAGAAGCAUGUGAUUAUGCCCUCAAAAUUGAGGGGCAGGAAAGUUAUCAAAUGUUGUACGCAAGCUAAACACAUAAUUAUUCCAGAAAUGCAAAGCAUUUUUUCUUUUUC